AUGAUUUCCAGCGCAUAUGAUGGUGAAAGUUUCUUAAAAAAAAAUAAAAAUACUGAAAAAGGUUUGGCUAGUGAUAAUCGAAAUAAAACGAUUACUAACAUAAAUAAAAGUUCGUCCAAUAUCCAACAAGCUGUUGAAGGGACUGCCACGCCAAUUCAUGAGCGAGCUCAAACUACUAACAUCAAUAAAAGUUCAUCCAAUAUCCAACAAGCUGUUGAAGGGACUGCCACCCCAAUUCAUAAGCGAGCUCAAACUACUAACAUCAAUAAAAAUUCGUCCAAUACUCAACAACCAUUUGCUGCGCCAAGUCAUGAACGAGCUCAAAGUGUAAAAGAGAGAUAUAAAAAUCUUCGGCUUCUGGAUUCAUCCAAUACUCAACCACCAUCUGCUGCGCCAAGUCUAAUGUUGCUUGCCGAAAUCAAUCAUGAACGAGUCCAAAGUGUAAAAGAGAGAUAUAAAAAUCUUCAGCUUCUGGUCAGAUAUCAAACUAAUGAACCUACUACAAUGAUGAUGCAUCAACAGAAUCGGAGGUUAUCUCAAGAAGUAUCAGAUUUGCCUCGCUUACGAGAAGAUAACGAAUUUCUUGCUGGUGUUAAUGCAGAAUUCAGUUCUGAAAAUGAUGACUUGAAAGAAGAAGUUAAUGAAUUAAAAAUGAAACUCGAACAAUACCAGAUACGAUUAUCAUCUGAAAGCCUUGAUGUUAUUGAUGUUCCAGAAGAACGGUUAGCAAAAUGGUUCAAAUCGGAUGGGUCAAAAAAAGGAAAGAAGACGGUACACUACGCCAAAAAUCAACCAAAAGAAGAACAAGAAGAACAACAUGAAAAGGAGAUUGAAAUGAAAAUGAUCCUCAAAACUAUUAAACCUAAUAACAAUUUGGAUAAUAACGAAACGUUUAAUAGUCCAAAAAAUGUUGAAAUUCACAGUAGAUUAAUUCCCGAACUUCAAAGAGCGAUGUUUCUGAAUUAUAAACCUUCAGUAGCACAAUUGACAAACUGGUUGAGCGCCCUCCAUAAGUCACGAAGAUCACAAAUAUAA